AUGCAAAAGAGUUUGAAAUGUAACCAACGUUUAUUGGAAAAACAUAGUAUAGUCGCAGUCAGGCAAGUAUGCCCCCAUCGUCUAGCGGUUCAGGACACCUCUCUUUCAAGGAGGCAGCGAGGAUUCGACUUCCCUGGGUUCAAUUGGUCAGAGCACCGCCCUGUCAAGGCGGAAGCUGCGGGUUCGAGCCCCGUCAGUCCCGACGGAUAA